AUGUCCUCACGACCGCUCAGCGAAGAUGAAGUGAUAACGGAGAUGAAUAAGAUGGUUGCGUUUAUUAAGCAGGAGGCGAUGGAGAAGGCGCGGGAGAUUAAGGUGAAGGCAGACGAGGAGUUUGCUAUUGAGAAGGCGAAACUGGUCAAGCAAGAGCAGCAAGCCAUUGAUGCUCAGUACGAGAAGAAACGCAAGGGCGCGGAGGUCGCCCAGAAGAUCGCACAAUCGACCUUGACGAACAAGUCGCGCCUGCGGCUGCUUCAGCAGCGUGAGGAACACCUCCAGGACCUUUUUUACUCCGCUCGUGAGAUGAUUCUUGACCUGGCGCGCGACAAGGCUCGCUACGUACAGUUCCUUGAGGGCGUAAUCGUGCAGGGCUUCCUGCAGCUGCUCGAGGAGGAGGUCACUGUGCAUGCACGCGAAGCGGACGUCGAACUCGUGAAGCGUGCCACAGAAAUGGCAGAGAAACACUACACGGAUAUCAGCGGCCGGCACGUCACUGCGAUUGUUCAGGCGACUCUGAACAAGGACCUUGCUGGCGGUGUCAAGCUCAUGAGCGGAAAUCAGCGCAUCACACUAGACAACACAUUGGACGAACGACUUCGAUUGCUGGAGGAUAGGAUGCUUCCGGAGAUCAGAAGCGAUCUCUUUGGUCCCAAUUUAAACCGCAAAUUCUACUCAUGAUCGCUUACUGGUCAUUGCCACCUGUUCAGUGUGUACCUACUCAAGGACUUGCAGCUUACACACACAAGUAUAUGUAUGUACAGAAUACCAUUAUUGCGGAUAAAAUAGCCGGUUGCGACACAUAUGUUCGCGCUGCUUAUAGCACAAGACCCUAUGCUCUCUGCUAGCAUGAUGGCAUGGCAAACGUCACGGUAUUGAUUGGCAGUUUACG